CUUUCAUCAAUGGAUAGGUUCACUGAAAAAUUAUGCUUUGGUAAAGUUCAAGCCAUAUUACUAUAUGUUGGUUCGACUUAUGCCUUGUAUGUGCUGCAGGUGCCGAUUGUUCCCAGCCAUGUUCAUUCUAUCAAUGAUUCGGUCACAGCAGAGGAGGCUGCCGACAAAUACACAUUCGCUAUCCGGCAGCUAGUUAAAACGAGGACGGUCAGUGUUUCCGACAUUAGUGACUGCCCCAAGUUUGACCUUAUCCUUCUUGGCAUGGGCCACGAUGGUCACGUUGCCUCACUAUUUCCUAAUCAUGCAGUGCUCGACGAGAAGGACGAAUGGGUGACUUUCAUCACCGAUUCCCCCGAACCACCACUCGAGAGGAUAACGUUCACUUUGCCUGUCAUCAAUUCAGCAUCCAACGUUGCAAUCGUCGUGAAGGGUGAGAGAAAAGCAGAGGCUGUGCACUUGGCAAUCGAUAACAUUGGACAUGACAGCCCGUCGCUGCCUGCAGGGUUGGUCCAACUGACGAAAGGGAAGUUGGUAUGGUUUUUGGACAAACCGGCUGCAUCUAAACUGGACGGUCUCCAAUUUUCCGAGUAGGGUCAAGUUUGUUCCGUGCCAAAGCGUAUGCUUGUUUGUGGUUGAGGCUUUUCAAACCUCGAUUAGUUCUUACUUCAUUUUCCCCUUUUGUUCUGUUACAUGUUCACCAUUUUGGGUUUUUUCUU